AUCAUUUUAUACAAUAUUUAAUAUAAAUGGAAUUAUUUGAAUUUUUCUGUAGAGAUAAACGACGGAUCACAAACAUAUGAAAACGUGAGCGCAACAAAUAAAGAUAAUUUGAAUACACCAGAUCAGAAUGUUUAUUAUGAGUUUUUACCAGCUUCAAAGCCUUCGGAAACUGCCAUCAAAUUAUCAAUGUUCAAGGACCACGUGGAGAACAGAAAGAGAGAAAACAAUUUCUUCAGCAAUCAAUUUAAGAAAUUUUAUAAUGGUCUUCAGUUUCCGGCCACGGCUGCUGUAGCUUCUGGCAAUAAGUCGAAAAACAAAUAUAAGCACGUCUAUCCAUACGAUGAAACACGUGUAAAGCUAAACAUAGAAAAUGAUCCUGGAAAAUCAGAUUUCAUCAAUGCAUCCUUUAUACACGGAUAUGGAAAAGUAAAGGCAUAUAUUGCGGCACAAGGGCCUUUGGUAGAUACUAUUGACGACUUCUGGUCAUUGGUAUGGAAUGAAAAUUGUGGGAAAAUUGUGAUGCUUACAAACUUAAAGGAGAAUGACAAGAUAAAAUGCAUCCAAUACUGGCCUGAGAAAGGCCUUAUGAAGAAAGGAGAAUUAAUCAUAGAAGUUGUAGAUACUGAAGAGUUUGCAGACUUCAUAAUUCGAACAUUUUGCAUUAAAAAGGAAAGUGGACAGAGAAUCAUCCGACAUUUCCACUUUACGGCAUGGCCAGAUAAAGGAGUUCCUCUCUACGCCUCAUCUCUAGUUCAUUUUCACUCAAAAGUGAAAAGUACUAUCGCUCAGGGCAAAGGGCCUAUGGUUGUGCAUUGCAGUGCUGGCAUUGGGAGAACGGGUACCUUUAUUGCGUUAGAUGUCCUGAUUCAGCAGGCCAAGGAAUCGGGCUUUAUAGACGUGUUUAGAUGUGUGGAAACAUUGAGACGACAACGCGUCAAUAUGGUGCAAACUCUGGAGCAGUAUAUAUUUCUUCACGAUGCCCUUGUUGAAGCAUUAAUGUGUACAUCAACUGUUCCUUCAACGUCCGAAUUUUCUCAGAUUUAUCAAAAUCUGAUGAAAGUAGACCCAAAAAGUGGCAAAAGACAUAUUGACCAAUAUUAUGAGAACCUGUGUACUGGUUGUGCUGAAAUCCCUCAAGCUGCCUACGACUUUGCUAAGAAACAAGAAAACAGAAGAAAGAACAGAUACAUCAAUUAGGACAUGCCACAGAUUUGGGAUGAAAGAUACAAGCCCAUCUAUAUCAACGCCGUUUUCCUGCCAGCCUACAAAAACAGGCACUCGUUCAUAGUGACACAGAUACCUCUCAGAGAGACCGUUGUUGACUUUUGGAGGCUAGUUUACCAGCAACGUGUUUCUACAAUCGUUCUCCUCGGUGAAGUAGUAAGAAAAUGUAAUAUUGGAAAAUAUUGGCCAGAAGGCACUGAUAGUAUUCAGUAUGGACCUUUUAGAGUAACCAAGGAAACUUCAACACAAGAAGAUGAAAAUUACAGUGUUAUUACCCUUAUCUUCAGUGCAGAGGAACGGGAAGAAAGGAUGAUCACAGUAUUUAAAUGCAAGUUCUGGAGAGAUUCCGAGACAAUUCCGCCGUCCAUUUCACCAAUUUUAAAGUUGAUAAAUGAUGUAGAAAUGCAUCAUAAUAAGAACAACACAGGACCUAUUAUUGUUCAGUGCCUAAAUGGGGCUGAGAAAAGCGGUUUGUUUUGUGUUUUGCAAGUCGUGUUGGAAAGAAUGAAAAUAGAACAAGAUGUAGCUAUCCACCAAGUUGUUCAGCACAUGCGAAGCGUGAGACCGAGCAUAAUUUCAAAUAUGGAACAGUUCAAGUUUUGUUAUGAUGCUGUUAUGGAAUUCAUGAAACAGUAUGACGCCUAUUCCAACUUCCAAUGAGAUGUACUAAUCUUUUCUAAGAAGUGAAAUAUAACAUUAUUUAUUGCUGUUUGAUGAUAAUUUAUGUCAGCAUUAUAAUUAUAAGCUUCCGAAUAAUCUUUUUAUAUAUUUAAGAAGAUAAAAGAGAAUUUAUGCAACUUUAUAAUCGCAAUGGUUUAAAUGCUGCAGUAUUUCAUAUACUGAACUAAAAUUUUUAUCAUUUGGAUUAUUUAUUCUUCCUUAUAUUUAUAUUUUUGGUAUGUACUGUCAUUCAUUAACAGAAAAUUUCUCUUCCUGAUAUAAUAGAAUUAUAGAGAGAGUACAGUGAAGUUUGUAUGCAUGUGUAUUCAGUGAAAAGCAAGACCUGGUUUUUAUUUUUUGAAACAAACAAUUAUCUUUGAGUGUGCACAAGAUGUGAGAUUUUUCUGUCAAAAAAAAAAAGAAAACACAAUUUAAAGAAUUUGUUGGGGGAUACUACAAUUAUUUCCAGUCUUUUAUAUAACAUAAUGUAUGACUUUCUUAUAAUUUUUUGUCUUGUUUAUCUUUUAUUUAUUACAUUCAGAAAUGAAAUGUAUCUUAGGAGAUAGUCAAACUAUAUAUGGAAUGCUAUAAAAACAUUUAUGGUUGAAUAUUGAAGAUCUAAUCCAUUUUCCAAUUCUAUAUUUCACGUUUAACAGCUUACAUCACCACUUCCAGUCAGGACCUCCACUUGAACGCACUACCCAUGCCAAUGACACAUGACCAAACUCUUGCGCACAAACUUUUACACAAAACACACAUUCAGACUCAUUAGAUAACAUCAAUCUCAAAUAAAUAAAUUGCUGAAAAGAAAUUACUGUCCAAAAUAUUGCUAGAAAAUAUUUACAAUCUACACUCUCAGAUAUAGAUAACUCACAAUCAAUUACAUUCACAAGAAACAAGUUUUACAUUUCAAAGUCCUUAAAACGUUGCGCUAAUUACCUAACAUGGGUUGACAUUCUCAGUUACAGAGUUACUGUAUUAGAUGACGGGACAUAGUCACUAUUGUAAGUAGACUCAAGACUCUC